CGCCAAUCAGCGCGCGAGCUGUGUCCUCGCGCAGGAAGUGGGCGGGACGAUCGUGCAGACUGCGCCUGCGCAGAGAGAGCUGGCGAGGAGAGUCUAGGGGCUGGUUCCAAAAUGGCGGAGCGGGGUUACAGCUUCUCCCUCACUACUUUCAGUCCUUCUGGGAAACUUGUUCAGAUUGAGUAUGCUUUGGCUGCAGUGGCUGCAGGAGCUCCAUCAGUUGGGAUUAAAGCUGCCAAUGGAGUGGUGUUAGCAACGGAAAAGAAGCAGAAGUCCAUUCUUUAUGAUGAAAGAAGUGUCCAUAAAGUAGAACCAAUUACCAAACAUAUAGGUUUAGUGUAUAGCGGUAUGGGUCCAGAUUACAGAGUGCUUGUACACAGAGCACGGAAGCUGGCCCAGCAAUAUUUCUUGGUUUAUCAUGAGCCCAUUCCAACAGCUCAGCUAGUACAAAGAAUUGCUUCUGUGAUGCAGGAAUAUACACAGUCUGGAGGUGUUCGUCCAUUUGGUGUAUCACUGCUAAUAUGUGGCUGGAAUGAGGGGCGGCCCUAUUUAUUUCAGUCAGAUCCAUCUGGAGCUUAUUUUGCUUGGAAAGCAACAGCGAUGGGAAAAAACUACGUUAAUGGGAAAACAUUCCUUGAGAAACGAUACAAUGAAGAUUUGGAGCUUGAAGAUGCCAUUCAUACAGCUAUCUUAACAUUAAAGGAGAGCUUUGAAGGGCAAAUGACAGAAGACAACAUUGAAGUUGGCAUCUGUAAUGAAGCUGGUUUUAGGAGGCUAACUCCAACUGAGGUUAAGGACUACUUGGCUGCAAUAGCCUAGUAGAAACCAAGUAAGACUGUGUGAAUUCACAUUAAGGUCUUUUUAAUUUUGGCUCCUUAAAUGUUUUUCUUUGCAGUUUUUGCAUACUUAUUUCUACAUGGUUUGUCUGACAGAUUUUUUAAAUAUCAUGGGUGCAAACACAACAGUCCUAAUAUUGUAAUAAAUUGAAUCUUAAUACAGGUAAUUCUUUCCCUUGAUACAUGGAAAGUUUGUACUCAAACUACUGUACAAAAUGUAAAGUUACAGUGAACACAUAAAAAGGCAAAAGAAUAAAAUUUGAAGGUCACUGUUUUAGGGGAAAGUGUCUGUGUGCCUUUUUAUUCAUAGCUUGCUUGUCAAUAUGAGGUUGAGAUUUUGAUAUCUUAAUUGUUGAGGAAAAAUUUUUCCACAUUAGCCAUCAUGAACUCAUGUUAGACCUUCUUUUAAAGAACUUCUGAGUGUACAAGAGAAUUUUUUCACUUUGAAAUUUUGUGUAAUUGUUAUGUAACUUCCAAAAAUGGGUUGCUCUGGUGUAAAAUGUGUACUUCCAUAGAGAUGCAGAACAGUCUUCCAUUUGGGGGAAUGAACUAUGAUGUACAUGAACGACUCUGCUUCCGAGUGUCUAGAAUUGUCUUAGUGUCUUAAGAAUUUGUUUUCUGUUAGUCAGUUGACUUGUGAUCUUAGGAAUUGAAAUUCUUCAAUCCUGAAAUGCUGUUAGGAAUAAUGGAAACAAUUGCUACUGACCAAAACUUAAAUGCAUUUACCGGUACCAUUAAAAAUCAAUAGGAUGUAGAAAGCAAAAUGAGCAUAUGUAAUGUAGUUGCUUUGUUCCUUGAAUUGUGCUAAAGUAUUUUUCAACUUGCAAGAUAACUGUAAUGGAACAGUAAUGAAAAGAACACUUAAUUUAUGCAUUGCUACUUCUAAAGAUGCAGAACUAGGUACUUGAACAUUAUUGCGUGUGGGUAUAUGUACCGUUAGUUUGUUGUGGGUUUUUUUUUUUUACAUAUUUAGUGCCCGUAAGGUUAUGUAGAAACAAACUGCACAAAAGAAAAAGGCUAAACAGAAAUCUGGUCUGGACCCACUGAAUAGUUACUGAUAAUGAAAUAGAAACUAGGAUAGUUGGAUCAGCCUGCUUGUACAUUAAAGAUACAUGGGAGCAGCCAGACAGAUUAAACAUUAGCCAUCUGUAACCAGUGAAUGAAUAAAAAGUCCAAAGAAAGUGACAUAUAAGCUAAUUGAUCUUUUCUAUGUCCGUCUUCUAAUGUUUUAUGUUAUCAUUAGGCAAAUAAGAAUUUCUUAAGCAUGCUGUAAAUGAAGUUUUAUUUCAUAACGUCAGGAAUAAAAACUUACAUUCAAAUGGUUCUUUAA